AACCAAUAACAACCAGAAAAUAUACAAACUACUUAUCUUUUUAUAAUUCGUUUUUCUCUUUGCUUCCAUCAUCAAAUUAUUUUUUAAUUUUUCUGGUAAUCACAUUAUUCCACAUUUUAAGGCUUAUUAUAUACCCAUUCAAACACUUAUAUUGUAAAUCAAUGACUUCCAUUGCUUACUCCAUUCAACUUCGGAAUAAUCCCAGAAACUUUGGAGCAGGAGUGAGCAGGGCUACUUAUAAUUGUUGUUUAUGGAAUAAUAAUUCUUCAUUAAAGGCAGUUUAUCAGCUUAAAAGUCGAUUUCUUCCUGCGAUUUCUACACGUAUCUACUGUUCCAGUGCAGCAAUCUCCGUAAUGGCAGAAGAGAAAAGGAAGGCAUCUUUUGAUGCAGAUAAAGCCGGAGUUAUAGUUAAGGAGCUUAGACAAGAGUACAAUUCAGGAAAGACUAAGACUUAUGAAUGGAGAGUAGCUCAGUUGGAGGGUAUCUCUAGAAUGGUUGAUGAGAGGGAAAAGGAUAUCAUUGAAGCUCUUAAUACAGAUCUUUCCAAGCCUGAAUUUGAAGCAUUUGUCGCUGAGAUUAACAUGAUAAAAUCUGCAUGCAAGUUGGCAAUUAAGGAACUAAAGCAGUGGAUGAUGCCAGAAAAGGUGAAAACUCCGUUGACAACAUUUCCUUCAUCAGCAGAGAUUGUCUCAGAACCCUUGGGAAUUGUCCUUGUUAUCUCAACAUGGAAUUAUCCUUUCUUGUUAUCGAUUGAUCCGGUGAUUGGUGCAAUAGCAGCUGGCAAUGCAGUACUGCUAAAACCAUCAGAAAUCGCUCCAGCCACAUCCUCAUUAAUCGCAAACUUAUUUCAAGAAUAUGUUGACAAUACCUCAAUAAAAGUUGUUGAGGGUGCUGUCGAAGAAACUUCUGUCCUUCUUGAGCAAAAGUGGGAUAAAAUAUUUUACACAGGUAGUGGAAGAGUUGGCCGAAUAGUCAUGGCUGCAGCUGCAAAGCACCUCACACCUGUUGUAUUAGAGCUUGGAGGAAAAUGCCCUGUAGUUGUUGAUUCUGAUGUCAAUUUGCAAGUUGCAGCAAGAAGAAUCAUAGCAGGAAAGUGGUCCUGCAAUAGCGGGCAGACCUGCACUGCUGCGGAUUAUGUCAUUACCACUAUAGAUUUUGCUUCAAAGCUAAUUGCUGGUUUAAGUUCGGAGUUAGACAACUUUUUUGGGAAGGAUCCUUUGGAAUCAAAAGACAUGUCAAGAGUUGUAAACUUGUACCAUUUUAGACGGUUAAUCAAACUAAUGGAGGAAGAUGGUGUCUCUGAUAAGAUUGUCUUAGGUGGUCAAACAGAUGAAGUGCAAUUGAAAAUAGCGCCAACCAUCUUGGUAGAUGCUCCAAAAGACUCUGCUGUGAUGACAGAGGAGAUUUUUGGACCUUUGCUACCUAUUGUUACAGUUGAAAAAAUUGAAGAUUGUUUCGAAUUGAUCAAGUCCAAACCAAAGCCUUUAGCAGCAUAUCUUUUCACUAACAACGAGAAGCUUAAAAAGGCUUUUGUCAAGGACGUUUCAGCUGGAGGAAUGCUCAUCAAUGACACUAUCUUGCAUCUAACUGUUGAUGCUUUACCAUUUGGAGGAGUCGGUGAGAGUGGAAUGGGCUACUACCAUGGAAAAUUCUCUUUUGAGGCAUUCAGCCAUAAGAAGGCCGUUAUGUACAGAAGUUUUGAUGGGGAUUCAUCAAUUAGGUAUCCACCAUACACGCUGAAGAAGCUAAAUCUGUUGAAGUCUUUGUUGAGUGGCAGCAUUAUGCAGAUCAUUCCUGCCCUACUUGGAUGGUCUAAAGAAUAAAGAUUGAUAUAAAGUUUUGUUUUUUGAGGGAAUUUUUUGAUACCACAUGUAACAGAAAUAAUGAUUUUGUGUAUGUACACUUCUUAAUUUAUUAUAGUAUUGGUUUUACAAUUUCUAA